AAAGCCUCCACCCAAAACAGCAAAACCAAACCGCCAACACAAAGCUUUUCAAAUUGGAAAAUGUCCCUCCCUCUUUUAUUUCAGCUCUUACUCUUCAUCUCUCUCCACCAUUACUUAUUCCUCUCAACUCCUCACUGCCUUCCAGCUCACCCCUCCCUAUCUGUUCAACUCAUAAGCCACCACCCAAGGAAACAGAGACGGUAACUGAAGGCCCUGUUCAAUGGCAGAACAAGAGAAUUGUGUUCGCCUCACUCGCACAGCCAAAAAGAGGGCGGCGGAGAUGCCCAUUGUGGAGGAGCAGCCAGUGCUCAAGAAGAGAGUGGUGUUGGGGGAGCUGCCUAACUUAUCAAACAUUGUAGUUCCCAUUAAUAAGAGUGCUGGGGAUUUACCUAGGAAGCAGAAAAUUAAGCCAAAACCAAAGGCUAAAAAGGCUAUCAUACUCAAGGAGGAUGAAGCUCCAAAGGAGUAUAUUGAUGGAAUGUCUGAUGAUCCCCAGAUGUGUGGACCAUAUGCAUCUGACAUUUAUGAGUAUCUUCAUAAAUUGGAGGUGGAUCCAAAGAGAAGACCAUUGCCUGAUUACAUUGAGAAAGUUCAAAAGGAUGUUAGCCCCAACAUGCGAGGGAUUCUGGUGGAUUGGUUGGUGGAGGUUGCAGAGGAGUACAAGCUUGUCUCUGAUACUCUAUAUCUCACUAUUACUUACAUAGACAGAUUCCUGUCUUUGAAUGUUCUUAACAGACAGAAACUUCAACUACUGGGUGUUUCCUCAAUGCUCAUUGCAUCAAAAUAUGAAGAAAUCAACCCUCCAAAUGUGGAAGACUUUUGCUAUAUAACUGAUAAUACAUACACCAAAGAAGAGGUGGUGAAGACUGAGUCUGACAUACUCAACUCCCUGAAGUUUGAAUUGGGUAGUCCUACAAUAAAGACAUUCCUAAGGAGAUUUACCAGAGUUGCACAAGAGGAUUGCAAGAUCUUGAGUUUGCAGCUUGAGUUCCUGGGGUACUACCUUGCUGAGUUAAGCUUGUUGGAUUAUAAUUGUGUGAAAUUUUUACCUUCAUUGGUAGCUGCAACUGUUAUCUUUCUGGCAAGAUUCAUAAUUACACCAAAGAUGCAUCCCUGGACUUUAACCCUGCAACAGUAUUCUGGAUACAAGCCUUCUGACUUGAAGGAAUGUGUUCUUAUCAUACAUGACUUGUAUUUAAGUAGAAGAGGAGGUGGGUUACAAGCUGUAAGAGAAAAAUACAAACAGCAUAAGUUCAAACGUGUUGCAAGUAUGCCUUCACCUCCAGAGGUACCUGUUUCUUUCUUUGAAGACCUUAAAGAAUGACUCUUUUGGCAUCUAAAGAUGUGGGGAGGUUACAAGUGAAUGAGAAUGGACUGACCUUUGCAAUUCCUAGAAGAGGAACCCCUGCAUCAGAGACAAAGGCAUUUUAAAUGUUCCAGCUUAAUCUUGAUUGGUAGAGCGGAAGUUUUUGCCAUGAUCUGCUGUGAUUCUGUCCUUGCUGGUGCUUGUGAAUCUGAUGCUUGGGAUUUAACAAUCAGCAUGAAUAGCACUCACUAACACACUUAGCUGCUAAUUGCGCCUGAGGCAAGGCAAAUCUUUUGAUUGUUAGGACACUUUAAAAAAUAUUGUAAAUGUUCAUUUCUUUUAUGACAUGUUUUUUCUUUUAUUUCAAAUAUGCACAUGGUGUAAAAACCUUUGUACUUUGAAAUGUUAUGUAGUCAUUCUUGUUCA